UCUGGACGUCCUGAUGGCCAGUCCGCCCAGGGUCCAAAGUCUACACAACAGCCAGAGCUGAGGGUACUUCAGGAAAGGUCGUUUUGCGCCUUUUCUCUCCGUUGCUGUCUUUGCAUUGUUGAUUUGGAACCAAGCCCGCUGGACACCUUCUACGGUCUGCUGUCUCGGCAGACGGAGAACCACCGAAACAAUGGCUAACGUCUUACCAGCGUGUCUCCUGCUACUGCUGUCGGCCCACCUGGUCCGCUCCGUCGGUGUGUUCGAGCUGAAGGUCCACGCGUUCCGCAGCGCGCGCGCCCUCUGCCAGCGCGCCGUCGACUGCCGCAUCUUCUUCCGCCUGUGCCUGAAACAUUCCCAGGACGUGAUCCUGCCCGAGCCGCCGUGCACCUACGGCUCCGGCCUGACGGAGCCCUUCAGCGCAGACCAAAUCUCCAGCAGCGCUCCCAUCAGAGUGCCCUUCAACUUCAAAUGGCCGGGAACUUUUUCCUUGAUAAUCGAAGUGUGGAGUGCUGAGUCCUCUUCCGAACAGUCCACCGAAAACCAGACCAAUCUCAUCACCCGCCUGGCCACCAAUCGCACGCUAGCCAUCGGGGAGGAAUCGGCCCAGGAAGUUCACCAGGGAGAGCAGAGUGAGCUGCACUACUCCUAUCAUGUCGUCUGUGACAAGCACUACUACGGCGACAGCUGCUCGGACUACUGCCGUCCCCGGGACGACAGCUUCGGCCACUUUACAUGCAACUCCACUGGCAACAGGACUUGCUUGGAGGGGUGGGACGGAGUUUACUGCACAGAGCCCAUCUGCUUGUCUGGCUGCAGCAAAGAGUACGGUUACUGUGAGACCCCCGGUGAGUGCCAGUGCCGCAUGGGGUGGGAGGGCCCCCUCUGUGACAAGUGCCGGCGCCACCCCGUCUGCAUGCAUGGUACCUGCAGUCAACCGUGGCAGUGCAACUGCAAGAAAGGCUGGGGCGGCCUGUUCUGUGACCAGUAUCUGAACUGAAGAUUUAAAUUUCCCAACAAAGCUUGGUUUCCCAUAAUACAGGCCCUUUAAGAUCUUACGAUUAAAAACUGAAUAAUAAGCCUAGGAUGUGAGGCCUAAACAACAAUUUUUUUCUGUUAUCAUGAUUUAAAGUUGACCUGAAAUCAGAAUUUUACCUUGUCGGUUUAUGUCUCCAGUCAUAUUAAUCACAAAAUCAUCCUAUUAAACCAUUUAAAAGACAAAAUUGUCAAGGAGUACAAUAUUUAGUGUUACUGUACAUUAAAUUUCUGCAUUUUAUUCACUUUGCAUUUUGUAGUCAUAAAGAAAUAAAAGCAAUAUUUCUGUCUAAUGCUAAUCCAGGUAGACUUAAUCCCAAAUAUUACAUUUCAUAAAUGUUUGUGUCUGCCCAUUAUUUCCACACUGCUGCAGCCCUAAUUGAGAAUAUAUAGUGUUGUCAUCUAGAACUAGAGCCAGGUUUCCCUUCCACUGUUCAAUUUAAUUAAAGAAAAUGACUGAAACUUCA